UGCGGAAGUGAAAUUCGCACUGGGGAGAUCGUCAGCUAGAAGUCUGUGCCAAGAAAAACAGAGGACUUUCAGUGGAGCCAAAAUCAAGAAGCUAUGGAGUUUGAAUACUAUUACGUAGUGAUCAUACUUGUUGUUUUGAAGCUGUCUUUCUGGUCUUGUGUCUGCUACUUCCGGUCGCAAAAAUCCCGCGCAGCCCGUGCAAAUCAGCGACUUGUCAUUGUAGACAGUCACACUCGUCAAGGUGUCACGCCAUUCCCUGCGCCUCACAAUGACCGAUCAGUCAUUGUGGACCACGAGGAACCUCCAGCUACAUCCACGGGUCCACCGUCUUACACUGAAGUAAUGACAGCUAACCCCCAGGGAAGAGAGGACAAGCCCCCGUCCUACAGCCAGGCAGUGGAGGGGCAUCAGGAAGAGGACAGUAGGACGCCCAUCCCCCCACAUUUCACACCACAACCCCCAUCCACCAGAUCUUCAGUGGAAGUAACCGGCGCACAGGCUAACGCUUAAACGCCAAGGGGAGACAACUCCCACAUCUCUCUAGAUGAUUGUUCUGUUCUAGGAGGCAUUUAUACUCUAGCAGUUUUAGAAUCGUGCAGUUUUUGUUUAUUGAUCAUGUUGAGUACUCAUGUCGCUCUGCAUCCGUCAUACGCAUUGGCCGUUUUGUAUGUUUUUAUAACUGGUGUACAUAUCAUUUACUGUGAUCAUUAUAUUUAUCUCAAGGGAACUGCAAGUUCAUCUACACUUCUCCCUCAGUAUGACACACCAUUCGCAAAUGUGUCUUCAGAAUUUUCCACCUGAUUGUUCUUUCAGUUCUUAUACAUACUUUCAAAACGUUUGAGUGGGGAAACAUUGAAAUUUUGAUCUGCUGUCAUUAGCCAUGAGGGGGGCCUCCGUAGCUCAGUUGGUUAGCGCCUAGCGCAGUGUGAUGACCCAGGAGUCUCACCAAUGCGGUCGCUGUGAGUUUAAAUCCAGCUCAUUCUGGCUUCCUCUCCGGCCAUAAGUGUGAGGGUCUCUCAACAAUCUGCAGAUGGUUGUGGGUUUCCCCCGGGCUCUGCCUGCUUUCCACCCACCAUAAUGUUGGCCGCGAUAUGGUAUAAGUGAAAUAUUCUUGAGUACAGCGUAAAACACCAAUCAAAUAAAUAAAUAAAGAAAUUAGCCAUUUGCAAUCAGAGAGCCUGGUUUAUUAUGACAAGACUGGCAGAUUUGUUCCCCAACAGUAGUGUUGUAGUGAGGGAGAAGUGUAGUCAGGUCUUGUCAUAAGUGUCUUGCUCAAGCAUGGCUGUUCAUGUGAUAUCUUCUUCUUUGCCAUAGUUAGAUAAGUAUAUAUUUUUAUCCCAAAAUAUGUGCUCAUGUCUUGUUCUUGAGUGACAUUUUUAAAUUUAUCCCACAUCAAACAAAAUUGUUGCACGUUUAUUGGACAACAAUGGUCACAGUCUGGGACGUGUAUAUUCCCAUAUCCUGUUGCCUAAGCCAUGUGUGUCUGUCUCUUAACUAGAUGGGUUGUGAUCACAGUGAUGAAGCUGGAGUGAUUGUUCUAUACUUCAGCCUUCAGAACAGAGUUUGAUAGGUCUUUCGCAGAAUUAAUUCAUCGCAUGGUUACUCAGUGACAGGUUACACAAUUAUAUGGUGUCAGUAAUCAUGUUGUGCUCGGUUGACAACUUUUUUUUGAUGGUGCUACAAGAAUUGUUGUAAUUUUUUAUUAUGUUGAUGGAAGGAAACCAAUCUCUGGAUUGUGUAUAGGAGUUCUUCCUAUCGCAGACGUGCUUUCUUCAUGGUUAUAACAUCAUAGCUCACACAGUUAUCCUGUUCCAUGUAUAUGAAUCGCCUGGUUUGUGGAUCCUUGGAUCAGGUUCAGAACCUAGGUUUGUGUAUUUUUAGCACAGGGUAUACAUUUUUCAUAUUUCCUCUGUGAAAUCCCAUUUAUAGGUGAGGUAAGAACUGGAUGUCAAAAUGAUAUAUUCUGUGAUCAAAUUUGGUUUAGUUCUACUAUAAAUCAAAGAUCAUUGAAGAUAUUUGUAUGUGAAAUUUAUACUAAAGAGAAGUUGAAGAUUUACUUGUAUAGUUCAUUAGUGGUAAAUCAUUUGGAUAUCAAUUUUUUUUAAUUGGAAGAGGAGGGAAAUGGCUACAAAUUUACACCCUGAUAGCAUGUCUUGUUUCUCUGUGUGUUUGUGUUUACCUGUGUUUGUUGAUGCUUUCGAACAAGAAAACCUACCCGUAAUUAUAUGGACUGGUAGCUUUUUUUAUCAGAUGGACAGCUGAAAAUUAUGCAUAACUAUACUUUUGUUUUGUUUUGUUUUGUUUUACUUUAGAGAGAGGUAAGUGCAUCUAAAUAUUUCAGUGGUAGGCUAUAUGAACAAUAGGGUCGGUGUUUGGGUAACUUGAUGUCACGAAGAUUUUCACUCGGAAAACACGUUUUGGGGACUGGACGUCACAAAGAUUCACGCCGAACACAUGUUUUGAUAACCGGACGUCACAAAGAUUCACGCCAUACACAUGUUUUGAUACGGACGUUACAAAGAUUCACGCCGAACACAUGUUUUGAUAACCGGACGUCACAAAGAUUCACGCCGAACACAUGUUUUGAUAACCGGACGUCACAAAGAUUCACGCCGAACACAUGUUUUGAUCACCGGACGUCACAAAGAUUCACGCCGAACACAUGUUUUGAUAACCGGACGUCACAAAGAUUCACGCCGAACACAUGUUUUGAUACGGACGUCACAAAGAUUCACGCCGAACACAUGUUUUGAUAACCGGACGUCACAAAGAUUCACGCCGAACACAUGUUUUGAUAACCGGACGUCACAAAGAUUCACGCCGAUCACGUUUUAAUCUUCGAAUAGUUCUUAAUACCCAAAAGUAAAAGAUUACUAAAGUAAUGUUAAAAAGUUUUUCUUAAAAAGUAUUAAGAGAAAAAGAUGUUCCUAAACCCAACCAUAGAUUUAAUUUCAACAUUUGAAUGCCUUUACUUUCAUUUUAAAAGAUCAAUGGGGGUGAAAUUUCUUUUACAUAAAGUUUAAAGCAUUUUUGUAAAUGCUUUAUUCAAUUUUGAGCUGUCAUCAGUGGCUCGAUUCGCCUUGUAUUCUUUAUUCUGAAAAGUAUCAGUUGCACGAUUUAGAAUUAUUCAUUACCUUGAGCCUAGUUGUCCAUAUUUAUGUAUGUAUAAAUAGAACAGAUAUGUAUCCCAAGUGAUUUCAUCCCAGGUGAUUUAAUCCCUAGUGCUUUUUUUCUCAAGUGAUUUAAUCACAAGUGCUGUUUUCUCAAGUGAUUCCAUCCCGAGUGAUUUAAUCCCAAAUAAUGUAAGUUCUCUCCAGAAUCAGAUGUAUCUAUUUUUAUAAUAUUUUAUUUUAUUACUUAGAAAAAUGCCUUGUCUCUAAUGCUCCUAAGGCAAGAAAUGGAUGCAAAUAAAGUGACAAAAUUUGUGAUAAGUCUUGUCUAUCAUUGUUUAUUAGCUCGCCAAUGUUUACGUGUGUUUACCAGGGAAACACUUGUAUGCUUGUACAGUUAUUCUUUUAUACUUUUCACUAACAUGAUUAUAGGAAGCGAGCCAUGGCUCAUAGAGUAAGGUGCACGACACCUAACUACACGGCUUAGGGGCUGCAAGUUCAACCCAGGUCUUGGACAGGCAGUUUUGUAGAUUCCCGGUUCGCAGUGGCUGUCGUUAAAUACCACUUGUUUUCCACCAGUAUGAGGAAGUUCAUCCAUCCAUCCAUCCAGAUUCACCACCACCGUAUGAUCAACGAUUGAGUAUGCCAUUAAACGACUAAUAACUGUGUCCUGAAU